CGGUUGUACACUACGUCGUCGGGAAAACGCGUCGCGACGCUCACCUUCCGAUAUUUUGCGGAAACUUUUCCGCCAACUUUUGCGCUCACGCUGCCACAGGUCACGGUGUUGGUUUGCUUUUUUGGGUUGCGGCUUUUGAUCUGUCGGAUUUGGUUCGAUUUCGAAGACAGAGAGCCGACAACCGCAGACAAUGGUCGACCAAGUAGAUGGAAUGGAACUGGAAACCCUCUACCAAAGAUAUUGCAUUAGACUGAAGCACGCGCUGUUCUUGUCCGGACUUUCGGUGGCAACGGUUAUAUGCAUCGGACUUCUGAUUACAACAUGCGUUUUACAUAUUCAGGAUCUGCACAAAAGCAUCCUUCCGGUGACAGUGAUGUCGGCCGUGACCUUCACUCUGAUAGCGAUACUCAUGGCGUCGCAGUUCCCCGUAAUCCUAGAAUCGGAAGCGUGGGCCCUUAUGUCAUCGCUAGUUAUUACUGCGGUUUCUGCCACGGCAAUGCUUCUUCUAGCCGGUAGACAUGCGCCGUUGUCGCUGUUCGCGUUGCUACUGGCCAUUCACACGAUGUUGCCCUUGUCGAGAUCGGUGGCGCUGGCUUUGGCAACGAUAGUGACGGUAGCGCAUUUGGCAAAUUCCAUCGCACACAGACUACAAAUGGAGGAUGCUUACCUUAUACAGUUGGUACCAGAAACAGUGAUGUUGGUAACAGCGAGUAUGACUGGCCUGUACUAUCGACAUCUGACCGAAGAAGCUCAUAGGCAUACCUUUGUCGGUACCAGGACCUGCAUCGAAUCCAGAGUAAAGCUAGAAUGCGAGAAAGGACAGCAAGAGCAGCUGCUGCUAAGCGUCAUACCAGCCUAUAUCGCCGCCGAAGUAAAGAGAAGCAUAAUGCUGAAAAUGGCGGACGCAUGCCAGGAACACAAGGCGCAGACUUUCCAUGAGAUGUACGUCCAGAGGCACAACAACGUGUCCAUCCUUUACGCGGAUAUUGUUAAUUUUACCCCCUUGUCCGAACAGCUGUCCGCAUCCGAUCUGGUAAAAACGUUGAACGAGCUGUUUGGCAGAUUCGAUCAAAUCGCACAAGAUAAUCAGUGCAUGAGAAUAAAGAUCCUGGGAGACUGCUACUACUGCGUAUCGGGACUUCCUAUAUCACGUCCGAACCACGCCUAUAACUGCGUUAACAUGGGCCUGCAAAUGAUCGAGGCCAUUAGAUUUGUGAGGGAGGCUACAGGCUUCAACGUCGACAUGAGGAUAGGGAUUCAUACCGGAAAUGUUCUCUGUGGCGUCCUUGGUCUUCGUAAGUGGCAGUUCGAUGUAUGGAGCGACGACGUCACGUUGGCUAACCACAUGGAAUCUGGAGGAAUCGCGGGGAGAGUCCACAUCACGAAAACAACACUGCAGCAACUAGGCGAUAGAUUUGAAGUAGAACCAGGUAACGGUGCCAGUAGGGAAGGUUAUCUCGCCGACCACAAAAUUGAAACGUAUCUCAUCAUACCACCAAGGAAAGAAUCCGAAGUGCAAAACGGUAACCUAAAACCCGCCAACCACAACUCGGAAAGGAACAACAGUAUCGGGGAGGGAGGAAUCGGGAUAGCGACCCCUGGCGGCUUACCGACUCGCGCCAGACCCUCUAGCAAGAUGACAAAAUACGUCGAAUGUUGGGGAGCGGACAAACCUUUUGCGAAUAUUGCCGAGUCGACGCUGGCCAAAAACAUCGAGUUAACGUUUCCGACGUACUUACAGACCCUCGGGAUGAUAGAGUCGAACUUGCUGCCAGACAGGUCUACAUGCAUCGAAUGCAAAAAGUGGUGGCACAGCGAAGACCUGAAUCCGGCAGUUUUGUGGUUUCGCAAUCGGAAGCAGGAAAACGAAUACCGGAGCCAGCCCGAUCCUGAAUUUCGAUGCUACAUAACCUGCACGUCCGUGAUAUUCAUCGCGAUGUGCGCAAUGCAGAUUACCACCCUGCCCAGAACAAUAUUGCUGUACGGCACCAUCGCUCCGACAUUCGUGGUACUGCUGAUUUUCGUGUAUUUGUGCUGGUUGGAUGGAUGCUGCGGCCCGCGUCCGCCUUCGGACGUCCCCCAGGACGAGCCGGGGGUCUGUUCGCCCCCAGGUCAAAUCGUAGCGGAGAGCAGGUGCCUCAGAUUGUCGAUUUUCCUCGUGUCCGUAACCUUGAUCUCUGCCUGUGCCGUAAUUACAUUGAUCGAUUAUAAUCACGAUCCUAUUCCCAUACCGGACGCGGAGCUCCCAACAGCCUACGACUAUAACAUAUCGAAAAACAUCUCGUUUAACUACGUAGAAGAUGAUAUUACCAAUUUGCAAUAUGUGCCGACGUACCUAUACAGCUCGGCGCUAGUGCUAGCUGCGAUUUCCGUAUUUUUAAGGAUGGGCUUCUUGUUGAAAUUUUGCCUAAUGUUAACGUCGGUGGUCACCCAUAUAGUGAUCUACAGUUAUUUAGAUUUCUUCCAAAACUACCACGCUCGAGACCUUCACGACGAUGAGUUCCCCGCGUUGCCGUUCGAACUCAAAACCGCACUCGUACUUGCCAUGAUCGUCAUAUUGUUUCACAUCCUCGAUAGACAGAUCGAGUUCACAUCGAGGACCGAUUACUUAUGGAAAGCGAAGCUGAAGGUGGAGCAAGAAGAGGUGGAAACUAUGAGGGGUAUUAAUAAGAUUUUGCUGGAAAACAUUUUACCCGCUCACGUGGCGGAACACUUUCUCUCUACCCGUCUCACCCAGGAUCUCUACCACGAGCGGUAUUCUUGCGUGGCCGUCAUGUUCGCCUCCAUUCCCAACUACAAGGAGUUUUACGACGAAAGUGACGUUAACAAGCAAGGCCUGGAGUGCCUGAGGCUUUUAAACGAAAUUAUCUGCGAGUUCGACAAGUUGCUGCUCAAGCCGAAGUUCAGUUGCAUAGAGAAAAUCAAAACGAUCGGCAGUACCUACAUGCUGGCCUCGGGAUUGAGGCCUGGAAAAGAAGAUGGAAAUACGGAAGUACACAGGAAAGCGGAGCACAUCAUAACGGCGCUAAUAGACUUCGCCAUAUGCUUAAUGACAAGUUUGGAUCAAAUCAACAGGGAUGCAUUCCAAAGGUUUAAAUUAAGAGUAGGCCUGGCCCACGGCCCUGUGAUAGCGGGGGUGGUGGGAGCACAAAAACCCCAAUACGACAUUUGGGGAAACACCGUGAAUGUGGCGUCCAGGAUGGACUCUUGCGGCAUCAUGGGACGCAUCCAAGUGACAGAAGACACCGCGCAGAUACUCAUGAACGUCGGCUACGAGUGCGAAUGUCGCGGUCCGACCUUCGUCAAGGGCAAAGGGACGUUGACGACGUACUUUGUCAAAACGCCGUUCGACGAUAAGUAAAUCAUUGUGAUAAAGUCCAUUUGAAAAAAGUUUGCGGCUAUUCGAUGGCUUAGUUCGUUGUAAAAUUAGUUUGUUGCCGAAGGCAAGCUUUCAAUUUGGGAAUUUACCGGUAAGAUUGUUAUCGGUCGGCACUGCUCGAUGUUUGUAAAUGGGCAAGAACGUGUCCGCCGAAGUUCAAAUAGAUGAUGCGGACUUAAAAGUUAUACCUGUUUAAUUAAACUUUGGAAUAAUAUUGCAUUUGAGGUCCGUGAGUGCAAAACUUAAAAAUCCUAAGAGAUUGUCAAACUCCAAUUGUAUUUCUUCGUUCGGGCAGAUGUAUCACUGAUCUUUAUCAAGUGCAGACUAAUUUUAAUUCUAAGGCUAGUAGACUACUGCAUUCAAUAGUGACGGAGUUGGGUGCUGUCAAGCGUGAGGUUGUUCCGCUAGGACGCUCUAAUAAGGGUUGCCAAAUUGUAGGUAUUUCCACGCUUCGAUUGCCAAAACUAUAUCCAUUGUUUUUCGAUUCGAUGCGAUUCCCUGUGGACAAUACUAGCAUACUCAUUGUGUGUUUCCUAUGUCCUUUAACUCAAACGUUUAAAGGUCUUUUUGCUUCUCCAAUAUAUGACUCUCCACAUUCACAGGGCACUGGUUAGAUACACUCAUUCUCUUGAGUAGACGUUUCUGGCUUUGUUCUUGUAAGUAUGGGUAUCUAGCUCACAUCCUACUGCUGUUUCAUUCAUAUUACAAUUUGAUAAUGUUUUGUCAAUAAAUUUUUGUGUAGCUAUUAUGAAGUCAAUCGUUAAUAAUACUGCUUAAUUCUAUAUCUAGUGAUGCCAAUGCAUAUUGUUAUUGUUGUUUUGCACAGUCUUUGGAUUAUUCCUAGUUUUGUUUCUUCAGAAUGGUUAAAUACUGUCCCGUAUGUGUAGAACCAUUAUUUCAAGGAAGUUAUGAGAGGAAGUUGCUCAAAUUUAAAAAACAACUGUCUGAAAGAACAACAAAGAGAUGAAAUGUAUAAUAAUCUAUGCUCAAGGAACCUUUCCAAUACUGAACAACAAAUAUUUAGCAAAGGACUUAACUUCCCCCGUGUCCCUAGAAAGAUGCCAGUGUUAAAUAUUAUAUGUUCCGUUGAGACGUUGCAACUGGAAGGACCGGAAGUAAAUGAACUGCUGUCCAAGGUUAGAACUGUUUUGGAGAAUACGGCCAAAGAGUAACAAGCAGCCAUCAAAUACAAUCUACAGGCACCAUGGACAUUCAAGAAUACGGCCACAAUAUUGAGGAGACACUUACUAAAGGCUACUUUUUAGUAACCCUACUAGGACGAUUGAAGGAUUCUUCCUUCGAGCACUGCAUAAAUACUGACGGAUAAUAUUAGAACUUCGUUAACUCCCCAUCAUACUAAGCCACCGCAUCUUUAUGGACUUCCAAAAAUCCACAAAGUGGUUCGCGGGAUUCCGUAACUAGAUUUCUCCUUCAAAUCAUCCAGCCAGUUGCUAGAGAAACUCCUCCAUUUGUAAAGGACUCCGGGCAUUUUGUAUAUAUAUAUUAAAAAAUGUAGCUUUGACGUGAAAAAUUAAUACACCAAUGUGCUCUUGGAGGAAUCGUUAGACAUUGUGAAGGCCAGACUGAGAAACGAUAUGUCACUUCCAGGCAGAACUUCGGUGCCGCUGGUGCAGCAAUCACUAAACCUAGGGUCUGGCUUCAAUAUAUUGACGAUGAGAAUAGAACCGAUUCUCAAUCAGCUUAAUUCUUUGCAACAGUCCAAGAAAUUUAUUGUUGAGAAAGAGAAGAGCGGCUGUCUAUCGAUUCUAGAUGUCCUAGUAAAUAGGUAUAAUGGUUCUAUCAGCACCUUUGCAUAUAGGAAACCUACCGGACAGUAUUGAAAUUUCGAGUCAAUCAUUCUGAUGCCACCAAUGCCAGGAAUCAUCCAAACAGCCUGCAAAAGAGCAUAUGUAGUGACGAAGCAUCACUCGAUGUAGAAUUAUGCAGUAUUAAAAAGGAUUUGCUUCAUAAUGGCUAUACUCAUUGACAAAACAUUAUCAAAUUGUAAAUGGAAAGCAACAGCAGGACGAUACCACCCGUGAAGAGAAUCUCAGUCAAGAUCGUUCGAAUAGCAAAACAAUACAAAGUUACGAUUGUAUGUAUUCAAGUGCGGGACGACAGUAGAACUUCAAGAUGGAAAAUGCCUACAAGCGAAACAACCGGACGCACCCAACUCUGUAGUUUAGUAUAUAAGCCUCGUAGCCUUAUAAUUAAAAUUAGUCUGCACUUGACAACGGCUAAUGAUAUAUCUGUCCGAAACGUUGUGUAAACAAGAAAUGAAGACAAUCUCUUAGUAUUUCUACUGAAUCAUUGUCUACCACCUGCAAAUGUAACUCUUAAAUUAGUACCAACAAAAGGACAGCCGUCAACGCUUGGCGAUUUACUCUUCGUUCUACAUUUAUAUAGGGUGUUACUCAAAGACAUGUACGAAAUUUAAUGGCUUAUUCCUGAACUAAUUUCACGUUAAAAACUAGAAAAUGUCUGGAUGUUGCUUUUUUAUGUAACAAUAAUAAAAAAGGUUUAUUUGCGGAAGAUAGAAUAAAUUGCUACAUAUCAAUUACGGGAGUCAAUUCAUAUCCGCAGAUUGGGGCUGAGGAUAAAUCAAAUUUGAUUAAAGUUCAGCCCCAAAAAUAUCGGUAUUAGAUGAAAACGCUAUCCACACAUAUUAUAUAUAUUAUUUUAAGAUUACAUCAAACAAUUUUUGAUAAUGCACAUAUGCAAAGCGAAUAACAUAAAAGCAGAAAUUAUGAGGUAAAAGGUAACGAGUAAGGAGACUAAUAGCAUAAGCAAGUUUUAAUUUGUCCACGGCAAUGGUUAAAUGGGAAAAGUUUUAGAUGAAACUUAGUGGCUUUGAUAACUGGCUUCAAAUUUACCAUCGACCAAUUGUUUUGGCAAAUAUCUGCGAAAAACCGCAAAUGGCGGAUUUCAUUUUUUGCCAGUAAUUCCAAAACUGUCAAAAUGGAACAUUAUUCAGAUACUUUUUAAGACGAGGGAGAUAGCGUGUAUGACAUAUCUCAAUCGUCUUUUGUUAUCUCUUAAAUUUUAUCACACUUCGUAUAGUUAGUUCUUAAUUAUUUUGUUGGUAGGCAAUGAUGUAUUUAACAUUAACAUUAAUAAGUAACAUCUAACACAUCUAAAGGGCGACUUCUCAACAAGUCAAAUAUUUAGAGCAAAUUACCAACCAUGUGCUUUUUAAAAAGAAAAAGUCAGAAAAGUCUUCGCUAAUGCAAUUGACACUUGAAGAACCUAUAAGUUCGAUAAAAAUUAAAAAAGAAAAUCGCGACAGAAACAAUUUACAAGUAAUGUAAUUUAUUAAUUUAUUUACACAAUUAUACAGAUUUGAAAAAUGACGUCUAUUUGCAUCGAGACGUUUUUGACAAUUGGUGAGUAUUUUUCGUACAAAGGUAUUUCCGUUAAUGUUUCUUAAUGUGUGUAAAACUCUUUGUCUCAAGGUUCCUAUAAUGUCGAGUCGUCAUUUUUUGUGUGACCCCAGAAGAAAAAAUCCGAGGGCUAAAGGUCCGGGGAUCUACGAGGACCUUAAAGACGUUAAAGUCUGCUUAAAUGGAAAAAAGGUGACAAAUGAAUCAUGGCCUACUUGCAAAAUAAAAUUAGACCCAACUUUACGAAGUGGGAUAAAAUCUUUUGUGCCCUUGUGAGACAUCGCUGAACUGGGAAUUUUAGGCUUUUUCCAAAAAUCGAAAAAUCCAUUAUGGCGACAAUAAGGAAAGGAAAAGAUAAGGCGGGUUGCGUGAUAACAAAAGACGAUUGAGACAUGUCAUACACUCUAUCUUGUCUAAAUAAUAUCUCAUUUUGACAACUAUCAAUCCAAAUCCGUUAAGGAUUUACUGCUGAAAAACGAAAUCCGCCAUUUUCCAAAACUAAUUGACUGAUCUUAAAUCUGAAGACGGUUAUAAAAUGCACUAAGUUUCAUCUAAAACCUUUUAACCUUUGCUGCAGGUUAGCGUAAGUAAGCGAAGCUGGGAGACAUUGUAUAUUGAAUAAUGUAAUAUGAAAACAAUCAUUCAAAAACGGUAUAGUGAGAUAUAACCAUGAAACGUUAAAUAACCAUGAAACCUUAAAUUCAGAUGAUGAACAAUUUAGUAAUACUUGAACUUAUUAUGAAAUAAUACUGCAGAGUAUAAUUUAUGUCGGUUUUCAAUAGGUAACCAUCUAGUUUUCUGUAAUUUGUAUGAUACCGACAUACCAUUGACAAAGACAAAAUUGAUUUUAAUUUCCAUGAAAAUACCUUCCGGCUAACAAAUAAAAAUUUCAUAUUCUCUUGUAUUUUUUGUAUGUAUUUGUGCAAUCCUAAAUUUGUUUGUGCAGCUAAUUACUUCAUGCACAAUUUGCACAAUUUAACCAGCCAGUGUUUAUUUUUUAUCAAAAAAAAUAAUAAUUCGUAUAUUAAUAAAACUUUAUUCACUGCAGUUAACAGUUAAGGCAGCAUAAUAUAAAAUAUACAUAAAAAGCAAUACAACAGGAAAAAGAUGCAAGCCAGCAAAUAGGAUGAACCUUGAAAACCAGACGUUUCAAGCACAUGGUUACAUGACCCUAAAAAUUGGUCCAGGAGUACACUUUGAAGUUUUGAACAUACAUUCAAGUAACUCACUAAUGAGAGAUAAGUUAUAAUCCAUUAGUCUUGCGUUAUAGAAACCAUAAACAAAUGAAAGUCUAAUUUAAUGAUAACAUUUUCAUUGCAAAACCAAUUAGACACAGUAAUUCAUUAAUAAAUAUAUUAAAAUUAUGACUACAAUCGAAAAAAUCACCACCUGAAACUGGUACACCAUAUUUCACGCAUUUUCCCAAAGAUUUAAUGUAUUUCAAAUUACACAUGUUUCACAGGUUUCAUAGGUUUUCAAGUACUUUUUGUAAACUUCAUUUUAUAAAAUACCACGAGUUAUCUCAGUGUCAUAAUUUUUUUUAUUUAGAAAACCUAUUUACUUUAGAUGUAAAAUACAUAACAAAAACUUAUAUACAUCACACAAAAAUUAUCGUAUCAUAUACAGGGUAUCAACGGGAUGAUAUAGCAAACAUAACUAACAUAAAAUUGGAAAAUUCAGGUGUUUUAAAUAAAACGUACACGUACUUUUAUUGAUGGAAAAGGGCACGUUUAAGAUAUUUAGGAAAGACUCUUGAUAAUUAUUAAUAUAUGUUCAUGAAAAAACUACAAUGAAAGCCGAAUAUUAUCUUCAAUUAUUAGGUUGAGUGAAUACUCCAAACAAUCUAAAUUAAAGUUCCCACCAGUAAAGUUCAUUUAAUUUAAAAAUAGUAUUUGCUAAAAUUGCUUACGGUGCAGCCAACUGUUGCAGCUGUGGACGCCAAACUACAAACAGCUUAAAAAUAUUUAUUUUAUAAUUACAUCUUCCCUUUUUUUAUUUGUUUAUUAUUUAUAUUAAUUAAUGGACAGAACUCAAAACUCCAAGGAAACACGUUACGAUUUUACAAGCAUUUCACGGAUUCAUUUUUAAAGAUGAUCGACGUCAAAAGAUGCAUGUCAAUGCAUUUUUUUUAUAUCUCUCUUGAAACCAACAAUUUCAUUUAAAUUUGUUUCCUCGAAUAAAAGAACGGCGAGAAAGGCGUAUUUCGAUUUGAACAGCAUAUUCGUGCCAAAUAAUUCGCUGAACUCAUCCUCACCCCUAUAUCUUAUAAUAAAUUACGUGUCAAGGAAAUUAAUUCGAGGAUAUCGAAUAUUUCAAAAUGGUUGCGUAUAUCAUAAUUAGGAACAAUUAUCAAAAAUAAUAUUUGCUAAAAAAAAUAAUUUUUAAAACACAGUUGCAUCUAAUUUAAGGCCUAAAUCCGAAAGUCUAAGAGAUAAAACAAUAGAUAUUUUGUUAAUGUGUGGUAAAAUGUACUUAACUCGCUUUUAUAGAAACUAGAUGCAUAUUGUACAUAUGAAAUCAUAAAUGUAUUUUAAGAAAUCAAAGCAUUAUAUUUUACCGAACAUUCCCUUUCAAAUUAAGGAAGAAAUAGUAUAUUUCCCUGUCCGACAAUCUAUACAAUUUUCUGAAUUCGAAUUUAGCCUAGAUACCUAAUAUUUGUUAAAUCAUUAUGUAUAGUUCAGAGAAUGUUUAAAAUAAAGACUUU